AUGCUUCGUGUAGAGAAAUGUUUAGCAAUCCAUCCUCUUGUUAUUGAGCAACGUACAGUGUUUAGCAAUCCUCCUGUUAGUGGGCAACAUACGGUGUCUAGCAAUCCUCCUGUUAGUUGGCAACAUACGGUGUCUAGCAAUCAUCCUGUUUGUGGGCAACAUUCAGUGUCUAGCAAUACUCCUGUAAGUGGGCUUCAUACAGUACCUAGCAAUCCUCCUGUAAGUGGGCUUCAUACAGUACCUAGCAAUCCUCCUGUUAGUGGGCAACAUACGGUGUCUAGCAAUCCUCCUGUUUGUGGGCAACAUUCAGUGUCUAGCAAUACUCCUGUAAGUGGGCUUCAUACAGUACCUAGUAAUCCUCUUGUAAGUGGGCUUCAUACAGUACCUAGCAAUCCUCCUGUUAGUGGGCAACAUACGGUGUCUAGCAAUCCUUCUGUUAGUGGGCAACAUACAGUACCUAGCAAUCCUCCUGUUAGUGGGCAACAUACGGUGUCUAGCAAUCCUCAUGUUAGUGGGCAACAUACAGUUUCUAGCAAUCCUCCUGUUAGCGGGCAACAUACAUUGUCUAGAAAUCCUCCUGUUAGAGGGCAUAGUACAGUUUCUAGCAAUCCUCCUGUUAGUGGGCAACAUCCAUUGUCUAGCAAUCCUCCUGUUAGUGGGCAUAAUACAAUGUUUAGCAAUCCUCCUGUUAGUGUGCAUAGUACAGUGUUUAGCAUUCAUCCUGUUAGUGAGCAACGUACAGUGUUUAGCAACCCUCCUGUUAGUGGGCAUAUUACAGUGUUUGGCAAUCCUCCUGUUAGUGGGCAUAGUACAGUGUUUAGCAUUCCUCCUGUUAGUGGGCAACGCACACUGUCUAGCAUUUAUCUUGUUAGCGAGCAACGUACAGUGUUUAGCAAUCAUCCCUGGUGGCCACAGACACAGUGUUAA